AUGAAGAAUGAUGAGGAUAACCCUUGUGAGCUCCAUCCAGAACACACUCCUUUUAGAGGAAUCCAGCACCUCUAUAAUCCAUGUCUCCUCCUUCCUUUUCAGCGCCCAUGCAGUGGGUCCGGAUCUGCUGUGACAUCUCAGUACCCGGGUAUUGUAGAGUCACAUGAUGAAUAUCGCUUCGUAGAGCGUCUCAUCCCAUCUGUUCAAGUGCCCGACCCACCAAAGCACACAGGAGUGACCCCAUCUGGGUGGAUCCCCCCUAAAGAUGAACCUCCCAAUCUCCCUUAUUUUGUGAGACGAUCUCGAAUGCACAACGUUCCAGUGUACAAAGACAUCACUCAUGGAAAUCGUCAUAUGACCGUUAUCCGCAAGAUUGAAGGUGACAUAUGGGUUCUUGAAACUGAAGUACGAGACUUUUUGACCCAGCUAACAGGAAGGACACCAGCAAUACAAGUUAAUGAGAUCGCUAGGAGCAUCAAAGUCAAAGGAUAUUUUGAUAAAGAACUACAGACUUGGCUUGCUGAGAAGGGCUUUUAA